AAAUCUUAGAAAAUAAACGGUCGAGAAAAGUUGUUAUAAUCAACGAUGAAAUCACUCGCGUUCGGUAAAAGGCUUUUUGCCAUUUUCCGCCGAGUUGUUACAAAUUUUCGUGUCGAGAACGUCUGGAAAUCCUCUGAAUGCGCUUUGCCCCUCUCCUCUCUCUAUCCCCCUUUUUCUCAGUCUAAAAUCUUAUACUCUUAAUUCCUCUCUCUCUCUCUCCAUCGUUAUCUUCUAUUUCUCACUCUAAAAUCCUCUAAGCGUUACAGGGUUAGACUCUGAUCAUUUUACUUGCACAAAAAUUGCACUUACACAUCCCAGGGAGUCACUAUUCAAUGUUUUGAAGUACACUGGAAUGGUUUUAUCGAUUUGAGCAAUCAUGGGUUAUCUCAAUUGUGUUUUCUCUUCAAGUGGGUCUCAAUUUGAUGAGGCCCCUGUCAGUGGUGGUGGCCUCAGUCAAAAUAAGAGGUUCAGCUAUGGAUAUGCAAGCUCGCCUGGGAAAAGGUCUUCUAUGGAAGACUUCUAUGAAACCCAAAUUUGUAGUGUUGAUGGGCAAAUUGUGGGCCUUUUUGGAGUAUUUGACGGUCAUGGAGGUGUUAGAGCUGCAGAGUAUGUGAAACAAAAUCUUUUCAAUAAUUUGAUAUCACAUCCAAAGUUCUUCACUGACACCAAGUUAGCUAUAGCUGAUGCAUACAAUCACACCGAUUCAGAAUUCCUGAAGUCUGAAAAUAAUCAGCACAGAGAUGCGGGUUCUACUGCAUCCACUGCUGUCAUUGUAGGAGACUGUCUACUGGUUGCAAAUGUUGGGGACUCUCGAGUUAUUAUUUGCAGGGAUGGAAAUGCAAUCGCUGUGUCACGUGAUCACAAGCCAGAUCAAAGUGAUGAGAGGCAGCGCAUUGAAGAUGCUGGAGGAUUUGUGAUGUGGGCUGGCACUUGGCGAGUCGGUGGGGUUCUUGCUGUCUCACGUGCUUUUGGAGACAAGCUUCUGAAGCAGUAUGUGGUUGCAGAUCCGGAGAUUGAGGAAGAAGUGAUCAACGGCUCUUUGCAAUUUCUCAUUCUUGCCAGUGACGGUCUGUGGGACGUCAUCAGCAAUGAGGAAGCUGUUUCCUUGGUGCAACCAAUCGAGGAUGCGGUAGCUGCAGCCAAGAGGCUAACUCAGGAAGCUUUUGAUCGAGGCAGUGGCGACAAUAUAACUUGCAUUGUUGUCCGUUUUCACCAUGACAACCCCAAGCCCACUUAGCAAACUGAUUUCUGUGCUAUCUACUUCAUCGGAUUCUAUUUUUAGCGAAACUCAUUCUCUAUGUGGUUUCAGGAAAAAAAAAAAAAAUGCAACUGUAAUUCUAGCUGUAAAUAUUCUCAACCGAAGUACGAGUAGCCACUUUCUACAAAAAUUAGAGCAAGAUACAAUUCUGAUGAAAUAAUUAUCGCUA